UCAAACACGUUUCCUUUUUAAUUGCUUAAACCCGAUCUGUUUUGUUUUGUUUUUCCGUUUUGAAAAUGUGCAUUCUCUUCCUAAUAUGGUCGGGGUUAGACUGCUGAAACUUUAUUUCUUUAUUUUUGCAAAUUUUCUCCUCUAGCUAAAAUACCAGAAUCUGUAAAUUGUAGCCUAUGACUGGAGAAGAUUAAGAUCUUUUAUUAAAAAAAGGAGAACAAACAAGAAAGGGUCAAAACAUUUAUAGAAACAAAAGUACUAUUUGUUGGCAUGAGGUCUCCAUGUAGGAAAUGCAGCUUGCAACACAAUCGUUACUGACUAUCAAAGGUGACACCAGCCAGAGCAUAGAAUAAUUCAAAGAAGUAGUGCAAGAUUUACAUGACAUGGAUAGCCCACCUGGCCCAUAGAAUUGCCACAAAUUGGACAUGGCUGAAUGGAUAACAUCAUAAACAACAACAACAACAACAACAACAACAACAACCCACUUCUGUACUUAUUCUCAACUGUAAAUCUCACAGAAUUCAGUAGAGUUGAGUCCCAGCUUGUGUGUUUCAGCAUUCUGAAGAUAUGGCGUCUCACUAUAAGUAUCUACCAGCAGAAUGCUACAAUCUAGUUUGGUUUUUCUUGGUCUUGAAGUUCUGAAUAGCAAGACAUCCAGUAUAGUGAGACUUUGUCUACUUUGAAAACAAUCUAAUAAUACCCGAAUAAAGGAUUUAGUUGCAAUUAUAUCACCCAGCGUGAUGAUUUUUUUCUGUCAAAGAUGUCUAAACUAGGAAUUUAAACUGAACUGAUGGAGUGAACAAUGAUGUGUAAAAAGCAGCUGUGGAUAAUUCUGGCACUGUGCUUUGCACUUUCCAUCUGGAAGAUGUAUAUUUCUGUUUCAUCUGUGUCCAAAAGUCUUGAUGAGUGGCUGCAACAAAAUUCAUUAAUGGAAGAAGAAAUGUGUUACCAUAACAAAUGUAUUGGCCUAAGCAGUUGGGAUUGGUUUUGUGAUCACUUUGAUGCCUCGGUAAACUGCCUACUGACUCUUGAAAACUCUGAUAUUCCACCAGAAGUUCUUCAGUGGUGGCUGAAGCUACAAAGAUCAAAAGAUGGCAGCCAAAUUCAGAAGAUGGUAAAAUAUCUGUUUGACCUCCUUCAAUCACCCACUGCUAAAACUCAGGAUAUUGUUCAUUGUGGAACCUGUGCUGUGGUGGGAAACUCAGGAAGGCUGAGGGGCUCUAAAUAUGGAAAGAAGAUAGAUUCUCACAAGUUUGUGAUGAGAAUGAACACUGCACAGGUUACAGGUUUUGAGGAAGAUGUUGGCACACGAACCACACACCAUUUUAUGUACCCAGAAAGUGCGAUGAAUCUCCGUCCUAAUGUACAUCUUGUACUAAUCCCUUUCAAACCUCUGGAUCUCAAAUGGUUGGCCAGUGCUCUUUCAACAGGAGAUAUUCAGCAAACAUACAGAAAAGUUAGACGAUUUAUUAAAGCCGACAAAAGUAAGAUUCUAAUAAUUCACCCUGGUUUCCUGAAAUAUAUCCACGACAAAUGGACACGGCAUCAUGGAAAGUAUCCUUCCACUGGGUUGAUUGCACUGAUGUUUGCCAUUCAUACCUGCACACGGGUUUCUGCCUUUGGCUUUGGUACAGACAUCUAUGGGAAUUGGCAUCACUACUGGGAAGACAACCUUUACGCAGGAGCCUUUCGCAAGUCUGGAGUACACAAUGGCACUGUUGAGCUACAACUCAUUGAAAGGCUGACCAUUGAAGGCAAAUUGGAAUUCUAUAAGUAGUUUAUACUUUAUACUAUGCGUCUAAGCUUGCUGAAUCAGAUUGAAAUAGGGAUAAUGCCUUCCCAAAAUGUCUUACAAUCUUACAGUUGUUCACAUUAAGAUUUUUUUUUUAAUUCCAUCUGUUCCGGUUUCAAAGAAAAGCAAAAUGAGAAUAAAACACAAGAAGAUGAGACAUUUCAGUUCAUUUCCUGCACCAAAUAUUAAAAACAUGAGUAACAUGGUUCUGCUUUUCUGAAUUUAUGUAUUUUAGAACAAUGGAGACUAUAAGCACUAUUUGUUACUACCUUCAGCUUUUGCUUCCUUCUCUGAGUAUGAAACCAUAGACAGAACAAUUCAGAUUUACUAGCUGUGUUUUUGACAGCAGAAGAAAUUGGGAGCAUUAAAAGAAACAUAUUUCUGAUUAUUUUCAGAAUAGGUGUUUGAAUGUGAAAUAUAUCUUUGAAUUUGAAAGUUAGGCUUUUUCAUAACUAAUUUGGUGUUUCCCCUUCCCUCCAUCACAAUUUAUAAAUCAAGUUCUCAAUAAAUU